UUUUUGCUUGUCUCUUUUCAGUUAUUAAUUUUCUUUUAACCCUUGGCAGUAGUGGGUUUGCAAGAGAAUUAAGACAAUUUAAUAGGCAAGGAUUGUCACCCAGGAAAUGUGUACCUCUUUUCAGGAAUGAAACUGAGAGAGGGGGUAAAGUUCCGGCAAGUGUUGGGUUUUAUUGUUAAAUUGCCAAGCCUGGGCUUGAAUGUGUGACAUCACCAGUGCUGGGCAGAACUCAAUAAAAACUUUCAGGCAAGUCACAUUAGCUGCAACUGGGGAACACCAAACAUGAUGCUAUUAAAAUGUCCUUCGUAUUCAGAGAUCAGAUUUCCCAAUGCCAGUGGUCCAAUUUAUAGAUGUAUUCAGCCACCCUGUGACUUUUUUGGGCAUAUCCUUUGUUUCCCAACAUAGCUGUCCACUACUCCUUUGUCAAAAUAAAAGAUCACAUUGUCAGGGGAGCAUUUAUUGAGGUGUUAUCCAGUUAUCUAGUUAGACAGUUAUUUAUUAAGUGGACGCCUGACUACUUAAAAUGCCUACAGCCAUGUUUAAAAACAAAAAGAUAGUGGAGGUGGUGUGUAAUUAUCAGUCAGAUAAUAAGUCAUCAAAGGUUCCUCGAUAUAUCUUAAUAUAAUGAUAGCAUAUUCAGCUGGAUGUGCCAACAGAGCAGAACUAUUUAUACAAUAACAUCAAAUAGUCAACCCUGUACAGAACAAAAUCAAGCAUUGUUUGGGGGGGGGGGGGGGGGGGGAAUACACCGUUUAUGGUAUGUCAAGUAGUACUUUGAACCAAUUGAGCCUUUUUUUACAGACUGAUGACGCAUUUCCACAGUUAUCAAUAUCGCAAAUCUAGUAAUGUUUUUCACUUUUUUAUUUUUAAGUAAAUGUCUGAAAUUUUCAUGUUAAGAAAUACCUGAAAUUAUAUUGUUACAAAUUAAAUAGGAACAUUUGGAUUUAUUUAUGUAUGGCAUAAUUAAUUUUAUUACUUUUUGAAAUAACUGAUUUUAAGAUUCUCAUCUAAAAAUAACUUAAAUAACAUUACCUAUCUUUAUCAAAACUUAGUAAAGAUUUAGUGCUUACAUUACUAAUUCGAAAUACACAAAAUAAACAAUACACUAUAACAACUGAAUGUUGUAUCAACAUAUUCAGCCCCUCCAAUGUAAACAGUGUAAAAGAUAAAACUAUAUCUUGAGCUAUCCUUAGAGCAUGUUAAUACUAUGGCAAAUAUAAACAUUUUGUACAUGUAUUGAUUAACCAAAUACACUUUUUAAAAAGUACAUUCUUAAAUAUUGCUAGCUCUUGUAAUUGCUAACUCUUUUGUUAUUUGUUUCUAAAUAUCUGAUACUGUUAUGCAAAGGUAAUGUCUAGUAUUAAAAGACAAAAACAAUUUUGAAUGAAAUAUCUUUUUAAAAUAUAUUUUAUUCUUUUUUUUAUCUUCAUUUUAUUUAUUUAUAACUGUAAGUUUUCAUCUUUAACUCCUGAAUGUUACUAUACACUUUUCACUGUACACUGUAAAAUGUAACUGAUGAUCUUACUAAUAAAAUUAAGUGAUUUUAACUUAUUUUGAGUAAGUUUGUUGACCUUACUGAGUUUAACUAAGUAACGACAACUUUUUAGAACUGAAAGAUAUUAAACUCAAUAGAUUCAAUUAUCCUCUACUUAAAAUAAUGAGUAGUACGAAAUUUUUUUGAGUGGUCAUGCGCAGUUCUACCUGUAGGUGGAGUCAAUUUGCAACAUAUUCUGAGGGGAGAAGCACAUGGAACGAUUUCUUAAGAUUAAAAUGUUUGAUGACUACACAAUGGUUCGUAAUUAAUAUUUAAAUCUAUAUAGAUCCGUUUUGUGGAAUGAGAUAUGCAUUGGAAAUAUCAAUGCAGAGUUCAAUCACAUCACAAUCAAGAAGCCUCAAUCAAGAAUUCUUCUCAGCACUUUAUCAACUUGCAGCUUGAUUUCUGGAAAUUUGUGCAACAAAGAAAGUGGCAGUUGAAAAGAGAGUUUCUUGCGCAAAUUAAAUCUAUGCACUGUCAUCACUGCUAAGUGCACAGUUCUUCAUGGCCUUCCUCUUAUUCUUGGAGAAGAAACCGCUGAUUUUUUUAAACAAUGCUGACAGGACUGUGAUUGUGACACACCCUUCUUGGGGAUUCUGACUGUGAUAACAGAAGACAGCCAGGAUUCUUCCUCCACAAGAACUACAUUUGGAGUCUUCAUGCACAGCAUUAUUCUAGACUGAGCCAUUGUCAUGGAUGAACUUGAAAACCUUCCAGGUGCCAUGUGACUAAUUUUUGGGUUGAUAUAUGCCAAAUUUGGAGUUUUUCUUUCCCUUGGACACAAUUCUCUGAAACCAAAACUACAUUCACUUUAAAACCCUUCUGUUGAUGUAAGCAAAGGCUGUUUGAGAUCGUUAAAGGCUUAGUUCACCCAAAAAUGUAAAUUCUGUCAUCAGUUUUUCACUCUCAUGUUGUUUGACUUUGGUUAGUCUUUCAAACACAAAUUUAGAUAUUUUUAAAGAAAACAGGCUGGAAAACUUUUUGGAUCUUUUAAGUUUUGGUUACCUGGACUUUCAGUUGGAGGGACAGAAACCUCUCAGAUUUCAUUAAAAAUAUCUUCAUUUAUGUUUCAAAGUCUAACCAAAGUCUUAUGGGUUUGUGACAUCAUGAGGGUGAGUAAAUGAUGAGAGAAUUUCAUUUUUUUGUGAACUAUCUCUUUAAUCUUGUGGUUGCACUAAAGUCAACAUUCUUUUUAAUUAAAGUGUUAAAUUGUCACCUGCCAAAGUUUAAACUGUCAAAAUUAAGCUAACAUUGAUUUUUGUUUCAUGGUCAGCUAUUCAGUUUCUUGUCAAAAGACUGUUAGUAUUAUUGGUUUAUUCAUCAAUCAUGAUUUGUAAUCCAUAUUGUUACAUUAAUGAAAAAUGUUUAGAAUUUAGGGGUGCCAGAAUGGCAUUGUUUGGUACAUUGUAGUGUCUGAAGAAAAUUGAUGAGCAAUAAAUAAUGUUUUGCCUAAGAUCUGUUGUUGCUUUUUGUGUUAACUUAUAUUUUUUAGUUCAGCUUACUUGAAAAUUUUAAGGCAAUCGGUUUCCUAAGAUUUUCCUAGUAAUUUGAACACUAGUAAUAAGUUAAUCCAACUAAUGAUUUUGAGUUAACAGAACUUAACCAACAAGUUCUCUUUACUUAACUGAAUUAAGUUACGACAACUAAAAAUUAAUACACUACUUGGAAAUUUUAAGGCAAUCGGUUUCCUCACUUUUUCUAAGUAAAGUCAACUUGUUACAUUUUACAGUGUAUAGUAAAACUACUGAAAUUACUGAGAUGGUAAAAGUUCUUUGUUACUUUAUAGGUUGUUCAGAUCAGUCAUGGUUUCAGUCAUUUUAUGAAUGUUCUUUUAUGGCAUCAAAUACUUUUAUUCUAACUGGAACUUUAAUUCUUAGGAGUGUGGUUAUAUUUUGCACAUUUCAUUAAACCAGUUCAUGAAAACUGUAACCUGAAGGCUCUUAGCUGAACCCAAAACAAACAACAACAACAACAACAACAACAAAAAAUCUUAAAGAACCUUUCUUUUUAAUGUUUAACCUAUCAGUGUAACGUGCAGCACUCAUUUAUAACUUCUGGCAGCUACCAUUUAUUGAAAUGAAAAAGCUUAGUCAAACACUGUUGUACAAUAAAAUCAUAAAAGGCAUUACAAGGUUCAGUUCCAUUUAUUGGUGCAACAUAUCAUUGAAUACAUAGGUUAUUUAUCACAGUAGUAUUAUGAAAUUCCAUGGUGCUGUAUAAAAACGUGAACGAUUCAUUGUGUUCAUUUGGGUUGGUGGUUCCCUUUUGUACCUGUCUGCCUUUGUCAAAACUCUGUACUUAUGUAAGACGAUGUUUAACAGGUAACACGGCAAGACAAGCAGACUAUAUAACUUGGAAUGCACAAUAGAACAUAGACUGAUCUCCAGCCACCCAGAACAGAUCCAGAGAUAUGAAAGACAUAUUGCAAAUUAUUGCACUUAUCUUGGGUUUUUUGGGUUGUGGAUCUGCUGUAUUAUCAUUACAUAGUCACUACUGGAAAGUGUCUUCAAAUGACGGUAGUGUCAUUGUCACAUCCAACAUCUAUGAGAACCUCUGGAUGUCCUGUGCAGAUGACUCCACUGGUACUUUCAAUUGUUGGGAUUUCCAGUCCAUGCUCGCUUUACCAGGUUAUAUCCAAGCAUGCCGUGCAUUAAUGAUCACAUCCAUUGUGCUAGGCACAUUCGGGCUGAUGGCAACUCUAGUGGGUAUGCAGUGUUCUAAGAUAGGAGGGGAGAAUUACAUAAUGAAGGGUCGGAUCGUUGGGGCUGGAGGCGUCUUCUUCAUACUGCAAGGUCUGUGCACGAUGAUUGCAGUGUCUUGGUAUGCUUUCAAUAUCACUCAGGAAUUCUUUGACCCACUUUAUCAAGGAAUAAAGUAUGAAAUCGGAGAAGGGCUGUACAUUGGUUGGAGUUCAGCCACAAUGGCCUUAUGUGGCGGCAGCUGUUUGCUGUUUUCCUGUGGACUGUGCAACCCAGAGGAAAAAAAAUCACAUCCUCAGAACAUAAGAUCAUACUCCUACCAGCCUCAAUCCAACAAUAUGGUUCAAACUGCCUCUACAACAUCCAAUGUCCCUUUCAGCCAAUUUGGACUCAAUGCAUAUGUUUAAUGUUGGAAACACACUACACGAUUUUCAAAGUCACUGGAUCGCUUUUCUUCUCACACUACAUGGCUGUCUGGGGUACUAUUUAGUUGCUGAUGUGUGUACACUAAAUGACAGAUGGUGUGUUCCCGGCAUAAGGAAGGUACUGAAUCCAUGGAAUCAACAAAGUAAAGUUACAGACGUCACAAAACACAUAGAACACAAUGCAAGACACAAUACUGCAUUUUUCUAUGCAGGAUGAUCAGAAUCUUCUAUAAAGCAGAUGUCACAUUUCUGUAAAUAUACUCUGAAGUUUACUGGAGAAUGGAACCAUGUACUGUACAGUGGACAUAAAAAGUCUACACUCCUGUUAAAAUGGCAAAUUUUUUUGAUGUAAAAAAUCCAAAAAGAUAAAUCAUAUCAGAACGUUUGCACGUUUAAUGUAAGAAGGCAACCUGUGGAAUGCCACCAAAAACCAAAGUGAUACAUUUCAGAGAGAAAAAAAAAUAUGGCAUAACUAACUGCUUAAGUGUGCACACCACUAAACUAAUACUGAAGCCCACUGUGAUGCUAUCACAUCACUCAGUCUGAUUGGAUAGGAGUCUAUCAGCUUGGCACAUCUUGACUUGGGAUUUUCCCACUCUUCUUUGCAAAAACAUUUUUUAGAUUCAUUACAUUGCGAGGGCAUCUCCUGCGCACAGCCCUUUCAGGAUGUUUAGUCAUUCUUUUUCUAUUUUCAUAUUCAUAGAUUAGUUAAUAUUAUGUUGUUACAAAUAGAUAUGAAUUCUGUACAAAACAUUUCAUUUGAAUGUUUUAAUGUACAUACAUACAUAUAUAUAUAUAUAUAUAUAUAUUACUGAAAACUGAAGUAAUAAAUGAAAAUUCAGCUUUGCAUCACAGAAAUAAUUUAUAUUUUAAAGUAUAUUAAAAUAGAGAACCAUUAUUUUACAUUGUAAUAAUAUUUCACAAUAUUACUGUUUUUAAUGUAUUUCUGAUCAAAUAAAUGAAGGCUUGAUAAUCAGAAGAGACUUCUUUCAAAAACUUUAAAAAUAGUAAUGUUUCUAAACUUUGGAGCGGUACUGUAUAUAUUAUGCAUUAGCACCCUAAAUCACUUAUAAUUUCAGCACAGUUGAAAGACACCGUUUUGUUUAUAUGUGUGCAAUAACCAACAACAUGUUCUAGAAUAAAGGUUUGUGAAUGACCUCUGCUGGUGAUAUGAAGUUAUGAGGAAAUAUUAAAGGGUUAGUUCACCCAAAAAUGAAAAUUCUGUCAUUUAUUACUCACCCUCGUGCCGUUCCAGACCCGUAAAUCCUUCAUUAAUCUUUGGAAUGCAAAUUUAGAUAUUUUUGUUUAAAUCCAAUGGCUCCGUGAGGCCUACAUAGGGAGCAAUGACAUUUUCUCUCUCAAGAUCCAUAAAGGUACUUAAAACAUAUUUAAAUCAGUUCAUGUGAGUACAGUGGUUCAAUAAUAUUAUAAAGCGACGAGAAUAUUUUUAGUGCGCCAAAAAAAACAAAAUA